UAUAUAAGAAUGAGCUGUAUAAUCAGUCACAUGAUUAGCCGUCUGACCAACCGAAAAGAAUGAUCCAUGCGGACUACAGAUUCGCAGACCUUCACUGAAGGGUUGCGGCGUGGCUAAUUUCGCAAAAUGAGUGGUAGCCCGUAUUCUCAACCUGAGUAUAAUGCACUGGCAACCUCGCUGAAAGUGGGUGCCCUUAGUGGUACGUCAAUCUUCAUCAAAAUCCCCUGACAAGGUUUUAGCCUCACCAAAUUAUCGGAUCAACGGCAUCGCCUGCAUAUAGAGUGGCAGACUUCUGAUACAGCCAUACAGGCUCUGCUGGUCUCAUCUACGGCGGCAUCUCAGGCGUUAUCCGUUCGCCGCAUCCUGUCAUACAUUCCAUCUCUCAUGGUAUCCACUGGUUUGUGUGUGGAACCUCUUUUUGGUGUCAGUAUUCGCCUCGUUACCCCUGAAGCCUACUCAGGGAUAUUGACUGACUGGGGUUUCAUUUCAGGGCUGAGGGGUAAUAUCUUGAAGCAUUACUAUGAGGAUCAAGCGACUUCGAAGCAACGCACCUAUGCUAGUACUAUUUCUGGCGGCGUCGCUGGCGGCGCUGUCACCAAGCUAAUGGGUGGUCGACUCAUCCCAGGAUUGGUUGUUUUCUCUUUAUUUGGGUAUGUCGGACAGGUCUCGUACAAUGCGAUUGAUAAAUGGCAGUUGGCACAGGCGAACACGCCUUCGAAGCCGUUUCUCACGCGCAUUGCUGAGUCGAAGUGGGUUCCGCUUAAGUCGCUCACUGAUGAUGAGUAUCGGGGUAUCUUGAGCGAGAAGCUGCUCACAAUCGAGGCCGAGAUUGCGCUGAUUGACGAGAAAAUCGAAGAGCUCCAGAAGGCCAAGCUGGACGCAAUGGCCGAGGUGUCGCCUGGACAGGAGGCGCGAUGA